AUGUUGUUCGAAAAUAAGAAUAAAGGUACAAGCUCAUCACAAGAUAAUUUUGAUAUAAUAACUGUGAAAAAAUUUCAGAAAUAUGCUUAUGAAUUGUCCAAAUUAUUAAAAGAAUUAGGUUCCGAACUAAACGUCGAGAGAGAUAUAGUUCAAGAUAUCAAAUGUCUAGCAAAUUUAACUACAAAGUACGUACAUUUAAGGGUCAAGAAUAUUAAAUUUGACAAUUUUGCAUCAAUCAAUCAAGUUGCUUGGGUUAAAACUGUCGAGCAAAGUACUAAAGGUAAUGAAGCAUUCGAGGAUAUAAAGUAUGUCAAAAAAUUCAAUUUAGAAAUUGAUAUGGGCUCGCUACAAUUGCGUCCUUCUUUAUCAGAUUUUUGUUUGGUACCUGAUUUUCAAAGUUGUUUAAUCGGUAGAGUGUAUUAUUUAAAAAUUGAUUUUAGAUUACAUACGGCUGAAAAGGUGUCUUUAAGAAUUCCCAUAGUGCUACAAAAAACUUGA